AUGAAGCCUUAUUAUGCUGAAGAAGCUUAUACAAAGAAUAGGCUGAGAGAGAAGGAAAAGGAACUGAAGAGGUGGAAAGAUAAGUGGGAAGAACAGGUAUUGAUGUUGCAAAAAGCACUUAUUGCCUUUCCUGCCCAGACAGUUUCUUUUGUAGGAAUGGGAAACUUUAAUUCAGACAGAUAA